CAUCUUGUACAAAGAUCACGAGUGAUAUCCAAAUGGAAAUGGAAAAAGCGAGCUGAUACUGGGACGUACGGGGAGUGGAAACUGCAAAGGAGUCUAAAAGGCUUAAGGCCACAGGCCAACGCCGGGACAUGGCCUGGCCGCCCCCGCAGUGGCCUUGCGGGGGCGAAGAAGCAUGGCCUUACAGACGUGUGGGAGAAGUUCGUUACCAAAGGUGUUUGUUGGGGAUGUGGAGGUGACUGGGGCUAUACCGGGGGGCUGAAGGUGGACAUUGACAGUUCGGAGUAUACGGGUUAUAGGUACUGCUACAGUAGGCCGGGGUACCGGCAGAGGGCGCGGUCAUGCGAGGAUGCCCGGUUCAUACAUAUCAACUUCGUGCUGCUUGCCGAGGUGAAACAUUUCGAAAAGGAUCUUCAAUCAGAGAUCGAGACACACCGCGAUGUGUACGCGUCGCUCACGGGGACAGGCCGCCGGCUGCUCGGCUCCCUGUCCUCGCAGGAGGACGCCGUCAUGCUGCAGAGGAGGCUCGAUGAGAUGAACCAGCGGUGGCAUCAUCUCAAAGCCAAGAGCAUGGCCAUCAGAAACCGGCUGGAGAGUAAUGCUGAGCACUGGUCAGCAUUGCUGCUGUCACUGAGAGAGCUCACUGAGUGGGUGAUCAGGAAGGAGACAGAGCUGAACGCCCUCGCACCUCCCCGGGGCGACCUGCCGGCACUGCUCAAACAACAGGAUGACCACCGCGCGUUUAGGAGACAGCUCGAAGACAAACGGCCAGUCGUCGAGAGCAAUCUCCUGAGUGGCAGACAAUACAUCGCGAAUGAGCCUCCGCUGUCAGACACGAGCGACACUGAGGCGAGUCGCGAAAACGAAGGUGACUCCCGUGGCUACCGCUCAGCGGAGGAGCAGGCUCGCGAGCUGGCCAGGUCCAUCAGGAGGGAGGUGGCUAAACUGGCAGACAAGUGGAACACCUUGGUGGACAGGAGCGACGCCUGGGGACGGUGCUUGGAUGAUGCUGUACAGCGUGUCCGAACAUUCACAACCUCUCUCGAUGAGCUCGCGGGUCGCGUACAAGCUGCCGAAGCUGCACGCUCCUCAUGGCGCGGGCCUGGCGACGCAAGGGAUGCGCGCGCGCAGCUCGAUGCGGUGUCCCGCGCACGCGCACAGCUGCCUCCACUCAGGAGACUGGCUGACGAGCUGCACGCUCAGGCUCAGCAGCUAGCACGAGACAAGAUACAACUGCCUGACCAUCUACUUGCAAGAUUGGAUGAUUUGAAUACCAGGGUGUCUGGCCUGGUCUCCGGCGGUGAGGAACGCGUGCGUCAACUAGCCGGUGUUGCAAGAGAUGGCGGGGCGGGCGCAGCGCAAGGCUUCCUCGCUGGCUCCGUGGAGAUACCUUGGGAGAGAGCUGUUACUCCUGCCAAUGUGCCCUACUACAUCAACCACGAACUGGAAACAACCCACUGGGACCACCCGAAGAUGAUCGAGCUGAUGAACUCUCUAGCUGACUUGAACGAGGUCCGUUUCUCAGCGUACAGGACCGCACUCAAACUGAGGACUGUGCAGAAAGCACUCUGCAUGCACAUGCUACAACUACCAGCCGCGUUGGAAGCGUUUGACUCUCACGGACUCCGCGCUCAGAAUGACCGUCUGAUUGACAUACCUGACAUGAUCACUGUUCUCACUUCUUUGUAUGAGGUGAUUGCAGCAGAAAAUCCAAGUCUAGUGAACGUUCCGCUUUGCUUGGACCUGUCGAUCAACUGGUUGCUCAACGUGUAUGACAGCCAGCGGACCGGACAGAUCCGGGUGCUCAGCUUCAAGGUCGGGCUUGUACUGCUAUGCAAGGGGCAUUUGGAAGAGAAGUACAGAUAUCUGUUCCGGCUGAUCGCAGACCCAUCAUGCAGGGCCGACCAAAGAAAACUUGGAUUAUUGCUGCAUGAUUGUAUUCAGGUACCAAGACAACUUGGUGAAGUGGCUGCCUUUGGAGGCUCCAACAUAGAACCGUCAGUGAGGAGCUGCUUCGAACAGGCAUCUGCUGCCACCAAGGAGGGCAAUAAGGGAGGCACUCUUGAUAGGAAAGUUGUUAAUCUUCCAGAAAAAGACAAGGAGAAGGAGGAACCGGCUAAAGACAAGACCUUGGAGCGUGAUGCUGACGGUCAGCUUCAGUUCAUAGAAGCGUUCCACUUCCUGCAGUGGCUGCAGAAGGAGCCGCAGUCGAUGGUGUGGCUGCCAGUCCUGCACCGCCUCGCUGCGGCUGAGACUGCCAAGCAUCAGGCCAAGUGCAACAUCUGCAAGGAGUACCCGAUUAUUGGGUUCAGAUACCGUUGCCUGAAAUGUUUCAAUUUCGACAUGUGCCAGAAGUGCUUCUUCAACGGCCGCAAAGCUAAGAACCACAAGCUGACGCAUCCUAUGCAGGAGUAUUGUACUGCUACUACUUCGGGCGAAGAUGUGCGUGACUUCACUCGUGCGUUGCGCAAUAAGUUCAAGUCAGCUCGCUACUUCAAGAAGCAUCCUCGAGUUGGAUACCUUCCCGUGCAAACUGUGCUUGAAGGUGAUGCUCUGGAGUCUCCUGCUCCAUCUCCACAACACGGCAGUGCUUCAGGCUCAGCCCUUGGAGGUGAUGACAUGCAUUCACGACUGGAACUGUACGCCACCAGGCUGGCUCAAGUGGAACUCGGAGCCAAAUCUGGAGACACUCCUGACAGUGACGAAGAACAUCAGCUGAUUGCCCAAUACUGCGCUUCUCUCAAUGGCGGCGGAGAAACUGAUGAUGCACCACGCUCGCCAGUGCAGGUCGUCUCCAUCAUACAUCGUGAGCAGAGACACGAACUUGAGGCUAUGAUCCGAGAGCUGGAAGAAGAGAAUGCCAGUCUCCAAGCUGAAUACGAGCGUCUGAAGGCUAAGCAGACACCUGGAUCUACUCCUGAGGAGCAGCACGGAGUCAAUGAUAACAGGAACGCUCCUGUCGACCAGGACAUGAUGGCUGAAGCCCGUCUACUAAGGCAGCACAAGGGUCGCUUGGAGGCACGCAUGCAGAUCCUCGAGGAACAUAACCGACAGCUCGAGGCUCAGCUGCAGAGACUGAGGAGACUGCUCGAUGAGCCUGCCCAAGGUUCUCCACCAGCUCGCACGGGCACGCUGCAGACUCGUUCUGUGACUGCUUCGCAACUUGCUACCGAUUCUCCGGCAAAAAUGCAUAAUGGACUUUACCACGAGUCGCAAACUAACGGAGGUACUCGCUGGGCGGGCGCGGAGCGGGAGACGUUGGAGCGUCCUCCGCCGCCGCCGCACCAGGUGCACUCGCUCAUGCACUGCGCAGAUGACCUUGGCCGCGCUGUCGAAGAACUAGUGUCAGUAAUGACGGAGGACACACAAAACCAAACAUCGAACUCUCCUCCACAAUACACCAACGGCAAGCCACCAACCAAAGAGUAGCCCUGACAUCGAGCCGUCGUACAUCGUAUGGUGCUGCAGCGGCUGGAGCCAUCCGGCCCCCGCCACCUCUACUUAAUGAUACCUUCGAACUAGCAACACUGUCGAGUCAAACCAAAGAGAACGCUUUAACUCUUUCCUUACUAAAACAUCGAAGUAUUAUAAAUUGUACAGUAUUUCUACUAAUUUUCGACUCAUCACUAACAAUACCUGCACAUGCUGUUUCUACCUUAUUAUACAAAAGCUCUAACAUUCCACACAUUCUCUAAUCGAGUGGGCUUCGCGGGGAAACAUACUAAAAGUAGAAGCCUGUAAGGAACCGGCUAUAUAGAACUAACAACGAUGAUCAUUAUCUAGACUUAGUUCCCUGUAGCGUCGUUUUCGAGACGAGUCGUAUGCAACGCUUAUUGUAUUAAUAAGGGCAUGCCAUUGUUGCAGUACGUAUCGUGAUUGAGUCGCUUUUUUAUACCUUUUCUUACUAUAGAGAACCUAGUAGGCAACCCUGACAGAAUUUCUACUAUUUUAGUUUUUCCCCUCCGUAACCCCGACAGUGUUGCUAGAACGAGACGAUCCAACGAAAAAGACACUGUAACGAGCAUUUAUACAUAUAUAUAUUUAACAAAAAAAUGUACCAAAUUUGUGGAUACUUAAUAUUUUAAUCGUUUAAGUACAUAUCUUGUUAGUACAAUCUCCAUUAUAUAUCAUAUCACUUCUUGUAUACUUCCAUAUCAUUUUGCUAUGUAAAAUACAGGCAUAUGUAUUAUAUCACGUGAAACGAAACUGAGCCAACUCGGCCACGACGGUCGGAGGUCUGUGUCAUUUACAAGACAGUUCGAUUGGUUUGACCACAUUUUUACCAUAUCGACGAGAAUUACAUUGUACCCAAACCAUAUCCAUGUUUUUCUAUAAUUAUACAAACAACAAACAAUAUUUAAGAAUGCUACCGUUUAGUAGUAAUUUUGGAGUGUGGUCACACUAAACGUAUUAAGCUGAAAGCUUUAAUAGGAUCACAAUUAGCUUUAAAACCGCAACUGUGACAUAUUUUGAUAAAUAACGCAACUCAAUGUAUGCAACCUACAAGUUUAUACCGCGCAACCACUGAAAGGGCCUAAGUUUUAGUGGAAAUGUAUUGUUAUAUAGAAUGACCUCUCCGAUUUUUCAAAAACAUGUAUGCCACAUGUCUAGUGUGGCCGUAGAUAAAAUGGAUUCGUUAACGAUUUUGCGAGUAGUAUUUAGAUGUAGCCAAAAUGAUAUCGAGCAUGUUAUCUAUAUGCAUGUUUGUGUAAGUUAAACAUUUAUCGAGUUAUCAAAAAUGUAUCGUUAGAUGAUGAAAAAUAAUAAUCGAAGUGCUUCUAUGCAGAGUAGUGGCAGUUUCCUUUCCUUCACUGUUAGGUCUAGACCAGCCGCGAUUAUUUUAUCGAUAGAUUGAAGCGCGCGUAACAUAAAAUAAACCACUCUAAAAUUGUGCGAUUAAUUUAUCGAUAGUUAAUAAUCACGGCACGCACUAGACAGUACUGUCGGACUGUAGGAACUCUUCUUAGGAACUAUAAAACAUGUAUCCAAAACUUUUUCACUAUUACAAAAGGCAACAUGACACAUUUUUCGAUUAGACUAAUAUGGCACUCGACGAUUUUUAUGUCGCGUGCCGAUGUAUCUCGACAUGUACCGUGUGUCUACUAGUAAGAUGCUGCCUACCUUUUUUAGAUAAGGAUAUAUUGGAGAGACUUUUAUACGAUCGUUAAAUAAUCCUGUUGAAGCUAACUUUAAAUUAAGUACUUCGGAUCUAACCAUAUCAAGGUUUAUUUUGUUUUUUCCGUCGCAACGGUGCGCAGGAGUUUUGAAUUACCAGCAUAUUUUAACGCUGGCAACAUUCCAAAAUUCCGGUGCACCCGCGACUGUUACUUAAAUUCUUAUUAAUUUCGCUAAUAUAGUAUAUAAGAAAAAAAGCACAAUCUUUAUUAUAAUUUUAACGAAAAUAGAAAAUAAAAAUUUACACUAAUAUAUUGUUAAUAAUUUUAUUUUUUGUUUAUUACGUAGUACGAUAGUUUUCUGUUUACUAUUACGAAAUUUAAUACUUAUUUUAAUAUUGGCAAUUUACGACAUGUACUACUUCCGCAUUUAUUUGUAUAUUUUACUGUGUUUAUGAUGUUUUUAGAAGUUAAACACAAUAAACAUUCAACAUAGUA